GCAGGUUUACUUGUGCUAGCUGGUUGGGUUAUAUACUGAAGGGUAACUAUGUCUAUCUACCGCCAAGCAGUAUGGUUUGUGAAAGGAAUGAAAGAAUACACAAAGAAUGGGUACACUUCUGCCAGUAAACAUUUCAAUGCAUCAGAUUUGGAUGUGCAACUCAAUGGUAGAAACUUCAUGAUAACUGGAGCCAAUAGUGGCUUAGGAAAGUGUGCAGCUGUUGCCAUAGCCAAGAAAGGAGGAACUGUUCACAUGGUGUGCCGGAGUUUAGAAAGAGGAGAGGAAGCUAGGCAGGAGAUAAUAGAGACCACAGGAAACCAGGAUGUUGUCCUUCAUCAGUUAGACAUGUCUAAACCCAGGGAAGUGUACAAGUUUGCAAAGGCAUUUGAAGAGUCUGGAAAACCACUGAACGUGUUGAUAAACAAUGCUGGCUGUAUGGUAAACACUCGAGAGUUGACAGAAGACGAACUGGAAAAAAACUUUGCCACAAACACUUUAGGUACCCACAUACUAACAACAACCCUCAUCCCAGUUCUUAUGAAAGCAGAUAAACCAAGAGUGAUUUUAGUAUCAUCUGGUGGGAUGCUGGUCCAGAAACUUAAUGUGGCAGAUCUGCAGUUUGCCAAAAUGACACCCUUUGAUGGGACAAUGGCGUAUGCGCAGAACAAACGACAGCAAGUGAUCAUGGCCGAGAAGUACGCCUCAGAGUACCCAGCUGUCCACUUUUCCAGCAUGCACCCAGGAUGGGCAGACACACCAGCGGUGCGUUCUGCAAUGCCUGAUUUCUAUGAGAAAAUGAAGACGCGAUUGCGAUCUGCAGAGGAAGGAGCUGAUACUCUCAUCUGGUUAGCUAUCUCUGAGGCAGCUCUUAAGCAGUCAAGCGGAUUGUUUUUCCAAGACCGAGUCCCUGUAGCCAAACAUUUGCCCUUAGCGUGGACUAAAGCCACCAAAGAAGAAGAAGACCAGUUGAUAAAAAGCCUGGAGGAGCUCAGCAAGAAAUUCCAGCAAUGUGAAAAUAGUGGUCCCAUCGCUUAACGGAUUGCCUGUACAUCGGUCUUCUGUACUGACAUGGUUACAUGCACCCCUGAAUAACCAUGUAAAUAACGCAGCAGAGAACGGAUAAAUGCGCGAGGGGGGUGGGAAUGUGAUUACUUUCUGUAGUCACCACCGUGUUCUCCCACAAGUUAGCAGAAGACACUAGAGCUAAGAAAACAAAGUACCAAGCCAUGAAUAAACAUGGCA